UUUUGAGGAGUUCUCCACUUACAGCCCGAAAGCGUGGGAAACUAGAGAGAGAGAGAGAAUGGCGAAGCUUUUAUCCACACCUCGUCUCACCUCCAUUCACUUCCGCACAGUCACUUCCACUCUCUCCAAAUCUUCUUCUUCUCCAAUUCACACUUCUCCCACUCGUUCUCUCAUAUCUCUUCACUUCAGUACUCGUCUCCUCAACCUUCCCUCUGUCGACAAUCGUUGCCGAAUUCAUCGGAAUUUCUCCGUUUCAGCCUUCGACACAAAAAACGACGACGUAUCGUCGUCUUCCAAAGAUGAUAUUAAGGACGAGCCUGGUACUGAAAUCAACGGCAAUGAUGAUAGCGCGAAAAGUAAUUCUACCAAGGAAGAUCAAUAUCCGAGCGGAGAAUUUGAAUUUAAGGAGUACGGUGCUUGGAAGAGGUUAGUAGUGAAGUUCAGAAUGCUCUUUGCAUUUCCUUGGGAGCGCGUCCGCAAAGGCAGUGUUCUCACUAUGAAAUUGCGUGGCCAGAUAUCUGAUCAGUUACAGAGCCGUUUCUCUUCAGGAUUAUCUCUACCUCAAAUUUGUGAGAACUUCAUAAAGGCCGCGUAUGAUCCUCGAAUCUCUGGUGUUUUUCUCCACAUUGAACCUUUGAGUUGUGGCUGGGGCAAAGUUGAAGAAAUUCGGAGGCAUAUACUGGACUUCAGGAAAUCAGGUAAAUUUGUAGUUGGCUAUGCACCUGCUUGUGGUGAAAAGGAGUAUUACAUCGGCUGUGCUUGUCAAGAGCUUUAUGCCCCUCCAAGUGCUUACUUUGCCUUGUAUGGUCUAUCAGUUCAAGCAUCAUUUUUGGGAGGUGUCUUUGAGAAAGUUGGAAUUGAGCCACAAGUGCAAAGAAUUGGUAGAUAUAAGAGUGCUGGAGAUCAACUAAUGCGUAAAAGUAUAUCUGAUGAAAAUCGAGAGAUGCUAACUGCAUUACUUGAUAAUAUCUAUGGAAAUUGGCUCGAAAAAGUUGCUCUCACUAAAGGGAAGAAAAAAGAAGACAUUGAACAUUUCGUCAAUNUGGGGAUAUACCAAACUUUUAUGAGGACUGAACUUUAUAUACAAAAUGUGAUGUUCAACACUCAGGUAAUGUCAAUGUUGAAAGAGCGUUUGGAAAUUCCGAAGGACAAAAAUCUCCCUGCAGUUGAUUACAGGAAGUAUUCAAGAGUUAGGAGAUGGACUCUCGGUCUGACAGGUUAUAAAGAACAGAUAGCUGUGAUUCGAGCCUCUGGGAGCAUUAGUCGCACACGUGGUCGAUUUAGUUCAUCCAGUUCAGGAAUUGUAGCAGAGCAGUUAAUUGAGAAAAUUCGUAGUGUACGAGAGUCGAAAAGGUAUAAAGCUGUCGUCCUUCGAAUUGAUAGUCCUGGAGGUGAUGCUCUUGCUUCUGAUCUAAUGUGGAGAGAAAUCAGACUGCUGGCAGAAACUAAGCCUGUUAUAGCAUCCAUGGCUGAUGUGGCAGCCAGUGGAGGAUAUUAUAUGGCAAUGGCUACACAAGCUAUUGUGGCGGAGAACCUUACACUGACAGGUUCAAUAGGUGUGGUGACAGGAAAAUUCAACUUGGGAAAUUUAUAUGAUAAAAUUGGCUUCAAUAAGGAGAUAAUAUCAAGGGGAAGAUAUGCAGAGCUUACUGCUGCUGAACAGCGACCAUUCAGGCCUGAGGAAGCAGAGCUGUUUGCCAAAUCUGCACAGCAUGCAUAUACCCAAUUCCGGGACAAGGCUGCCCUUUCAAGAUCAAUGACGGUGGAUAAAAUGGAGGAGGUUGCACAAGGGAGAGUCUGGACUGGAAAUGAUGCUCUUUCACGAGGUCUAGUUGAUGCUAUUGGUGGUCUCUCUCGUGCUGUCGCAAUUGCAAAACAGAAGGCCAAUAUACCUCAGGAAAAACAGGUUUCUGUUGUUGAGCUGUCAAGGCCAUCCGCAUCCUUACCGGAAGUUUUAAGCGGCAUAGGGAGCUCUUUAGUCGGAGCAGAUAGAACUUUAAAAGAGUUGCUAAAUGAUGUGGCAUCAUCUGAUGGAAUCCAAGCCCGUAUGGACGGGGUCAUGUUUGAGAAACUAGGAGGAGCCGCUUACACCAAUCCCUUGUUUAUGUUGAUAAAAGAUUGCCUCAGUUCCUUCUAAAGUCGAAAGGAUGUAUACUGUUGCAUCAGAAAUAUCUCAUUUUAUUAUUUGCUGGAGCAAAAAAUUCAUACAUGGAUCUUACUUUUUGUUGGGGAUGCGGAAUUUGGGAACAUUGGUGCUCUGCUUCCUUUCAGAAAGUAAAAGUUACAGGGUGAGCAGUUUCUGGGUUUCAAAUUCCUUAUCACAAAUAAGGGUAUGGAGGUACCACUCGAAUCGGGAGUUAUCUUGACAUUCUGAUAUAACUACAUGUUACUUUGAAAAGGUUCCACUUUGUACUUCCUGUUCCGUAUGAUUCAUCAUGUCCGUACAGACAGAUCCAUGGGGUGCAAACGGCCAUGUGUAAAGUACAGAUGUAUUACGAUUUAGUAGUGUAUUAUUCUCAUUUUUCUCUUUCUCCAA